UAAAGAAGACAAAUAUCAAGUGACCAGUCUUCUUCGAUCUCUCCUUGGAUAGCGUAAUGGUGGUGGUGGUGGUCCAACUAUGGGAGACGCUCAAGGAAACCAUUACAGCUUACAGUGGACUUUCUCCCGCUGCGUUCUUCACCGUCGUAGCUCUCGCUUUCGCCAUCUACCAAGUCGUCUCCGGUUUCUUCGCCUCUCCUGAGGAACACGGCCCUCGUUCUACGGAGGUAUACCCUCCGUCAGAGCCUCUUCCGCCGCCGGUUCAGCUCGGGGAAAUCACAGAAGAGGAGCUUAAGCAGUAUGACGGUUCCGAUUCCAAAAAGCCCCUUCUCAUGGCGAUCAAAGGCCAGAUCUACGAUGUUUCCCAGAGCAGGAUGUUCUAUGGACCAGGUGGACCAUACGCUCUGUUUGCAGGGAAAGAUGCAAGCCGAGCUUUGGCAAAGAUGUCCUUUGAGGAGAAUGAUUUGACCGGAGACAUCUCGGGUCUCGGUCCUUUUGAGCUAGAUGCGUUACAAGACUGGGAGUACAAGUUCAUGAGCAAGUAUGUCAAAGUCGGGCCUAUUCAGAAGAAGGAUGAAGAAGGUAAAGAAAAAACAGAAGAUUCUACAAACACUGGAGAAGAAGCUUCGGCUACUACUGUUGGCGAAACUUCCAGAAGCGUUGAAGAGAAAACAAUAGAAACCACCGAGAAAAAGGAUGUUGCAGAUGGCGAUGCUGCAAAGGAAGAGUAAGGCAAUGUAAUCGGAGCGAACACUCUGUCCACGUUAGCGAGAUUUUUAAGGGGUUUUAAGUUAUAUAUAUUAGCUCAAUGUGGAAGAAGGAAGCUCAAUAAAAUCAAAAGAAAUGUAGACUGUGUACCUUUUGGAUCUUAUAUUGACAUAUUUAUGAUGUUUGUGAAGUUGCCAUCAAAUUGAACGAAUUCGUAUUUGUUUUAUAGCAAAAUUUGUGCCA